UUGGAGGCCAAGUGUGUAGAAGCAGAACGAAUAGCUUCAGAAGCACAACGCAAAACUGUGGAGGCCCAGUACAGGGCUGAGCUCGCUGCUAUCGAAGCUGUUGCUAAUGAACGCAACUCUCGCAGUCGCACUGAGGAAUUGGUAACAUUGAAUCAAGCAUUAAAAGGUGCGGCGCAUGAGUCAGUGAGCAUGCUGUUGGUGAUGGCUCGUCAACCUAAUGACGUCAUAGACGUCCUUGAUCGUCGCUUUGGCAAACCGGAACUAAUAGUAUUGCAGGAAGUAAAUUCCCUGUGAAUAACAUCGAAAAUCAUAAAAAUAUCUCUUGUUUGCUUUGCCAUAAAAAUCAUUCUUUAAUAAACUGUCAAAAAUUUGAGUCUAUGACAAUUGAUGACAGGUGGAAUUUUGUAAACGAAAACAAAAUUUGUCAUCGAUGUCUCCAAAAAGUUCUGCAUAUUUUUGAAUUUCGUUAUAAAAAUAAGGCCAGUUGCACUGUUGCGACUCGCAAAUUAAAGCAUCAUACAAUGUUACAUAAUUUUAAUUUAGUUCCUUCGACAAACGAUCAUACUACGACUAUGCUGACGAUAUCUAAUCUUCGUGAACAAGUUACUAUAAACACAACCGCUACAAUAGUAGACCUGUCACGCAGUCACCGUUUCUGGACCCACUGGGGCCGUGGACACAUUUGCGCUCCUGGACGACUACGUUUAUAGAUUCUGA